AUGGAAUCCUUAGCAGAAACCCCAUGGGAUGUGACAAUAUCCGGGACGGGGCUUGCGCAGUCACUUUUGGCAUUAGCUCUGUCCCGGUCAGGUAAGAAGGUUCUUCACGUGGAUAAGAACACAUACUAUGGAGGACCCGAGGCUGCUUUUAGCAUUCAAGAGGCACAGGAAUGGGUAGAGAUGUUGCAGAAAGAGUCUGGUCGAGAGCCAUUUGAAGAUGCGUCCAUCUAUUCGCCCUCAGAUGGGUCAGACGACGGGAAGAAGCUGUCCUUCUCCAGAGCUUACACACUAUCGCUGUCACCGCAGCUUGUUUAUACUCGCUCAAAACUGCUUCCUUCACUCGUGUCAUCCAAAGUUUAUAGGCAGCUCGAGUUUCAAGCCGUCGGAAGUUGGUGGAUAUAUGGAAAGUUGGCCAACCCUGAAGGUGAUGUAUCCGGGCAACUUCGACGAGUACCGAGUAGUCGCGAAGAUAUUUUUGCCGAUGAUGCGAUCAGCAUGAAGGCGAAGAGAAUGUUGAUCAGGUUUCUUCGAAACGUCAACCAACCACAACAGACUGAAGAGGGCGCUGAACAAUCCACAAUACAGGAAGAUGAACAUAUUUCCCUUUCGGAGUAUUUGAAUAUCAAGUUCAAUGCUCCCUCGGAACUACACAACCCUAUACACUCGCUGUCGCUAUGUCAGCAGUCCCCUCAUCAAACCCCCACGAGUCUAGCUCUGCCUCGCAUCAAACGGCAUCUGGGGUCACUCGGUGUGUUUGGACCUGGCUUUGGAAGCCUAGUCGCAAAGUGGGGUGGCGGUGCAGAGAUCGCUCAAGUAGGUUGCCGUGCGCUGGCCGUCGGAGGUGGUGUCUAUGUGUUGGGUCGUGGCAUCGAGUCUGUCGACACUUCGAGAGAUGAUGAAGGCUUUCACCAAUUGACGCUGUCAGAUGGAGAGAAGAUACGCAGCAGGGCUGUUGCAGGGACUUUCUGGGACCUGCCAGAGAAUGCAGGCAGUCCUUCGGCAUCGACUCAGAAAGUUGCUCGCUCAAUAUCUAUUGUUUCCUCCCCAUUAAAACUACUUUUCCCGGUCACUGCUGAAGGGGGUCCCGUACCCGCAGGAGCAGUAGUACUCGUUCCUUCCGAAGCGCUAUCUGAUGCUUCGGACGUUGCACCAGUAUACUUGCUAGUUCACUCUAGUGAGACUGGGGAGUGCCCAGAUGGACAAUGUGUUAUCUACGGAAGCGUCUCUGUACCCGGUCAGGAUGGCCAACGUCAUCUGCAGACAGCGAUCAAUCGUCUCCUCGAUUCGUUCACUGAUGCGACAGGCAAGCCCACCGUUCUGUGGUCCUUGCGCUUCACUCAAAUUGGUACACAAGUUGGUACACUUGAUGGCACCAACCGUUCGCCGAUCCUGUAUAAGAAUACAAAGUCUGACAAGAUAUUGUACUUUGCGCCGCCUAGCUUGGACCUCGCCUUUGACGAUAGUAUCGUGGAGAGCGUCAAAGAAUGCUGGAAAGCGAUUCUAGGCGAGGAUGCGCAUGACGAUUUGUUUAUGACAUUUGAGGAUAGAGAGACGUAUGAUGACGACUAG